AUGGGAGACACCACCAAGAAUUUCCUCGAGGUGGCUGUUAACCCUCCAAACGCGGAGCUUGAUAUCGUUGCUGUUCAUGGGCUUCAUCCUUUUGGAUCCGGCUCCAACGCCUUCUCGACCUGGACCGCAGCACAGGGAAAAGAAGAGCGAAAUUGGCUCAUACAUCCCGAAUUUCUUCCAGCUCUCGUGCCGACUGCUCGUAUCAUGAUCUUCGGGUAUAAUUCAAAUGCUGUUUUUUCGGCUUCAGAGGGGACAGUUAGCGAUCAUGCCCUGAAUCUGAUCGAGCUGCUCAGACAGAAACGCAGGCGGGAAAGUCCGAAAAGACCGAUCGUGUUCAUUUGUCACAGUCUUGGUGGACUGUUAGUCAAAAGGUCAAUAUGCAUGGCCUACAACUCGGAUCGUUAUAAAAUCAUCUAUACAUCCACCAAAGGAAUCAUCUUCUUCGCAACUCCACAGGGUGGAGGACAGAACGUUUCGGUCGGAAAUCUCGCAGCGUCUAUUUUUCGGACGAUUACAAACAAUCCAGACAAUGCAUACAUGGAGGCUCUGAAGAAGAACAGUCUGUGCUCUCAGAAUAACAGGGACGACUUUCUGCAACGCUCGGGAGACUUUGCAUUCGUGUCGAUCAUCGAAUCUCUGAAGACCAAAGGUGCAGCUAUUGUUCGCAAAGAAGACUCUAUCCUAGGACUUCCGCUUGAUAGGGAAAGGAGAAUUCUUACAGAUGCAAAUCACACUGAUAUCUGCAAGUUUUGGGACCCUUCCGGCAGGGCAUUUGAUUUGGUGAAAGAGUCAAUUUCUGAGAUUGCAGAAGAUGCUAUCGAGUCGGCUGCUGCAGCAGUGGUCCCAGCCCCACCAGCUGCCAAUCAAAUCGUCUUGGUGCCAUAUCUUGAGAAUACUACUUUCCGAGGCCGUGAGGAACAUUUGAAACAGAUUCACGAGAACUUCACAGCGCAGCCGAGAUAUGCCAGAAGUCAGAGGAGGGCAAUCUUACAAGGGUAUCCGGGUAUUGGGAAAACUACUAUUGCGCUGCAGUACUCUAUUCAACAUGGAGAAAUCUAUGAUGGUAUUUUCUGGAUCAGUGCCAUAAGUAGUGAUGUGAUUGAGCGAGAGUAUGCCAAGAUUGAAGAAGAGAUGAAGAGGCGGACGUCUCAAGGUUUCCGAGACUGGUGUUCAAGCAAAAAGUGGCUAUUGAUUAUUGACAAUCUCGACGACCCAAAAUGCUUCAACGCGCAAGCCAUGAUACCGCAAGGGCAAGGGGACAUAAUUAUCACAAGUCGGCGUACAGAUUUCGGGGACAUUGGAAAAGCCAUUCCAAUCCCACCUCUUGAUGUCGAGUGUGCGAGCAAAGUGCUGCUUCUUUACGCCAAGAACCGAUUGUGUGAAACUGAGGAUGUUGUCAACGCGUUGAAGCUGGUGAAGCUACUUGGAUGUGUGCCGCUCGCCAUACGACAUUGUGGAAGUCUGGUCAGCGCUCAAGGUACAAAGCUAUCUUCGUACAUGAGAGAGUUCGACGACCUCAUGACCGAAUUGGUCUUGCCAGAGGAGUCUCAAAAGGACACAUUCAGCCUUAAUGAAAACAAAGCUCUCCUGGGUACUUUUGACAUAUCAUUCGACCAUCUACAGCAAGGAACCGGAGGCGAGGAAGCUGCUGCUCUGUUGUCCUUGAUGGCAAACUUAGAGUUGAUCAAUAUCCCACUGACGCUACUCGAGCGGAGUCUGGAGUCACACAAGAGAUGGGGACCAGAUGGCAACGCGGUCAUGUCACUUAUCCCAGGAAUGCCAGAAUGGCUGGAAAAGCUUCCAUCAUCCGCUCAUGGUCGUGGCAUAAGGGAAACACUCAAAACCCUGGUGAAAUACUCUCUGAUAUUUCUUGGGGCCGAUCAGCGGUCCUACUUUCUGCACCCAAUCACACACUUCUGGCUCAGAUGGAAGCAAGAUGCUGCUAAAGAUCCUCAGCCAUUCAGAGAUGCGCUUGCAAUACUUUCCAAUGGAUUCCCUCACCCAGAUUUCUCGCGUAUCUAUGGCAUCAGCCAUCGGCACAAGAUGUUGAGACUUACCUACAUGCCUUAUGUCCAAUACGUUCAAAAGCGGUAUCUCAAGCUCAAAGCGAUCCUAGUAAAUAAUGUUGAGCUGCUGCUCCAGUUGGCCGAGCUGUUCUUAAUGGCAUCCGAAGUACCCCUCGAACAUCGUCCGAUGAAACAACGCGUCCGCGUCAACAUUCCUGGUACCGAUAUUCCCAUGCCGAAUGGUAGUCUUGUCGAUCCAUUUGAGCAAGACGUCACGUUCUUGGAAUCGGUAAAGGACAUCAUUGUUCAGUUAGAUUAUCCGGGGAUACUUUACCUCCGCGCUGUGUAUGUUUUCUUUGAACAUACAUGCAAGGAGUGGCGUGCGGCGAGACCUGUUACCGGAUACCGAGUCCAGGAUAUUACUUUCGCAGGAAGAUCUCUGGUGCAAGCUCGAGAGGCGCUUCUAGCUCGGUUUCCUGACUCACGAGACAAUGCAUCUGAAGGUGACGAGUGGUCUUAUGCUGUAGAACAUAUCGAUGGUCAAGUCGAUGUGGCUGAUCUCAAACCGCUCAUGCCGCUGUUGGCUGAUCCUGGCGAUAGUCUUGUUGAGAACAAAACUCUCGACGUAGCAUCCGGGAUGAUGGGAUUGAUCGCACUGAAGUACACACAUCACGUCCGAGAAAGUGUAUUCGAGAUGGGAGGAAACUUCAACAUUGACCCUGUCACCCAAGCCAUUCAGUUUGUACUCGAUAAUCGCGCUUGGGUUCCUGGAUUCGCAUCCAUGCAGUGGAUUCGGCAUUUUCGCUCCAUGCUUUACGAGAACAGAGAAAGGCUCUGUGAUUUUACAAGGUUUGCACACCACCAGCUCGUGCUACAGGCAUAUCAGUCGAAAAAUGACACAGGCGAACUGCGUCCGCUGUGGCCAUUGCUUAGACUGUGGUCUGGAGCGGCUGUCGCGGGUCUUGUUAACCUUGCAGGUCCUGAGUCAGUCUUUGGCGCUGAAAGUCUCUUCUUACUCAUGUGGGAUGGAACACAUUGGUACCCUGCCCAAACCUGGAUUCCGGAUGAUGAUGUUUAUGCGAUACUCGAUACUCCCAUCACUGCUGAUAACUACUACUUCAAGAUCAAACUGAUCGAUGCGUGGAUUCACAGCUUGAGAGCAAGAGACAUGUUGCAUCACGCGGAGCGUGUGAUUGUCCGUUGGCUCGAGAAGUUUCUUGCUUGUGAUCGCACCUUGAUGUCGCGCUGGGACUUUGGGCUAGAUCCAAUCUUGGACCUGUACGAGUUUGCCAUAUAUCUUUACCAGGCUUGGACUGAGGAUUCUGUCAAAGCUUUGGAAUUUCAAGCCAGAUACCUUGACUACUUUGAGAAUGAAUACGGCACUAUGGUUGAGCGACUCUGUCUAGGGUGUGGUGUUGGUGUCUUCGGACUUCGACACGCACGAUUGAGAGUCAGUCGACUCUGGCAAGGCGACGAACGUGAGAAGCCAGAAAUUAGUCCUGGUCGUGUUCUAGAGAUCAUGUUUUUUGAAAAGCUGAAGGAAAAGCUUGGGGCAUCGGGAUCUGUUCUCCCAAAUGACGAUCCAAAUACAGGCAGGCUUACUGAACAAGAGUGGUGUCGAUGUAGACAAUUUGCUUACUUGGAUAUGACGGGCUUGGAAAUGGGCAAAAUGCCUGUAACAUUCGGAAAAGCCUUGUGGAGCGAUACUUACCCCAAGGACACCACAGUUGAUGACACUCUGUUUCAGGCUGAAGCUGAGAACGUCAAGAAACUGACGCAGGAAGCAAUUGAGGAGUUUGGUGCAGAGCUCACACGCCUAAUGGAGCCAGAUGCAAAUGUUCAGACGUCAGAAGCAUCGAGCUCAGUGUAUGCUUCAAUGAAUGCACCAGCGGAUGCUUCAGCGGAUGCUUUAAUGAAUGCCUCAAUGAAUGCUUCAGCGUCAAGCACUCCAAGGAAAGAAUCUAAAGUGACGAAGUUGAUGCAACGACUGCGUAUUUCUCGGAAGGGAAAAGAGCGUGCGCAUGAUUGA